UUCCCGCUGAAUCAGGGUGAGUGUGUUCGACACAGACACAGACAACACAGCAUUGGCUAACUCUCUCUCCCCCCACAGACACAGAAGCGAGUGUCUCACAACCAAAGUAAACAAAGCCUUAUUAACGUGACGAGUUUGAGACUCAGGGAGACCCGACUGACUGCCUACUCUCAGGGAAGAGGAGGAAGCUGGUCGACACUUGACUUACCAACACCCCAACCCAGAGAACCUGGAGGGAGGCAAUCCUUCCCUCUGCAUACGCUGAGGAAUACACCCUACACACAACAACAACUACAAGCCUGAGAAGAAGAGAGACCAGUGCCAAGGUCUCUCUCUCUCCUGCUGUGGAGCUCUGUACUUGUCUCUCCCGUCCCUCAAGGUGUUCUGCUGACCUGCCUGCCUGAUCUGCUGUCAUCAUGUCAGAAGGAGAAGAAUGUCGCUCUCCCAUCGGUCUGGACUGCUGCUCCUGCUGCCUGGACCUGGCCAACUGUGACGACCCAGCUGGAGGUGGGGGUGAGGGCAGAGGCCACAGCACCCCUCUGAUGGGUAGCCCCACGUCGCUCAGCCACUUCCGCCACUUCCGGGAGCAGCUGACGUUCCAGAACCAGAACGUGAACACGGACAAGCUGAACAGCAUGAUGAGGCUGGACUCUCUGGAGUCGGUGGUCAGAGACCCCUGUUACCUGCUCAACGAGGGCAUCUGCAACAGCAACAUCGACCAGACCACGCUGUCCAUCCUGCUGUUCUUCCACAGUGCCUCGGGUGCUAGCGUUGUUGCCAUUGACAACAAGAUAGAACAGGCAAUGGAUCUGGUGAAGAACCACCUGAUGUACGCAGUCAGGGAGGAGGUUGAGAUCCUCAAGGAGCAGAUCAGAGAGCUGGCUGAGAAGAACAACCAGCUAGAACGUGAGAACAGCCUUCUGAAGAACCUGGCCAGUCCAGAACAGAUGGAGAGCUUCCGGGAACGGGUUCCGUCCGACUCAGACGCUCUGGUUCCCCUGCAGCUGGACAACCAGUACCAGCAACAGGCUCAAAUUGGACUCCAUAACCCUGACCAGUCCUGCCACAUCAGCGCUGGCUCUGCUGUAUAGGUGGUUCUGCCUUGGUCCUCCAGUUGUAAUCGUCGCUGCCAACUUCAGUGAAGCUGUCUGUAACAGAUGAUGAAACACAAUUGAUGAACGGAGCACAUGACAAAAUGCUCUAACUAGCGGCUAUAGGCUGAAGCUAUAAGCUAAAAUGAGCCUUUCCUACGACAUCUAGACUCUUUCUCUUUAGACAAAAGCGCUAAACGAGAGGGCUCACAUGUAGCCAGCCGGAGAACGCUUGCAUUGGGACAGAGGGGAGGCUCCGGCCUUCUUGGGCCAGGAGGGCCAACCCCUUAGCCAUUCUCUACCACCCCUGCUACAGAGGAAGGAGAGGGCUAAAAGACAGGGCUGGCCCAGGGACCUGAUCCUGGGGAUGCCUCUCCACGCCAGAGUGGCCCGUCCUCCAGCUUUCCUCUCCAGGUCCAGCCAAGGAAAAAGGAAAUCUUCUCCAAGACCGACAGAGAGACGGUCCUCCAGUCUCUGCUAGACCCCACCCCACCAUGUGGAUUUCUUCUUCUGAUAGCACAAGUUCUGGGGAGUCAGUCAGACCAUAUCUCAGCCAUCUUGUGACUGCUUCCACCUGCCACCAUCUACUGAUAUUCUCUGUCAAUAUUCCUUAAGAAGAAGCAACGUGUCUUCAGGGAACCAAACCUGAGCUCCAGUACAACGAGGAGAAGGAGGAUCUAGGAGAUCCUGGACUGUUGCUGGGAGAGAGAGGCCUGUUGCUUCUCUAUCUCAACCUCACUGCUGAUAACUGAUUACCAUAAUCAUGAUUCAGAACAUCAUUGCUUGUAUUCUCUGCAGUUGGGGUGUGCUGCUUAUGGGGGAAAAUCCUGCUAUUUUACUUUUCUUCUGAUUCUGAACAAAAUGGAAUACUUGUUAAUAGGAGCAUUGUAACUGUUCAGUUAAAUGAUUUAUUAUGGGGAGGGAAGUAUCUACUUCCCAGUAUGCCUAGCUCUCUACAUUUUACUAACAUGUUCAGAGUAGUGGGCUGGAGAUGAAUUUGAGCAGCUGAUUUUUCUUCUAAAGGCUGUGAAUGCGAUCCUGACCUAGCAGGCAUGUUCUGCGUGUUCAGAUGCCAACCUCAACUUGAAUCAAUGGCAUGACUAUAGUGCCUAUCUCCAGAAGAGGAAUACCAACAUUUCCACAAUGGACUUUUGUGUUUUCUAACUACCAAAGACGUUGUCUCAUUACUACUCCAAACGAAACCAAGCAACCUGGACCAUGUGUACAUCGUUCACAGGGAGAACUCUUGUUAGCAGUAAUGUUUUGUUUUUUGAUAAACGUUAGGUAUUGUUGCUGUAUUGUGUCCAUGAAACAGGUAUAUAUUUUUUAAAUGAUGUAAUGGAUACAAAAUGCACAUUUGCAAUAAACCCUAUGUUUACACUACAA